AUGCCACCACCCCAACGCCGCAAUCGCCGCCCACAUCGGCACCGCCUCGAGCACAUACAGCAUCCACUCAUUCCGAAACGGGUAUCCGUCAAUCCCCAGCGCGAACUCCACCACGCGGUACACGCUCCUGAUCUCGAUGGCCACGCUCGCCACCGCGACGCCCAGCAGCAGCUGUUUGAUCUCCGGCUCGAAGGCGCUGCUGCCCACACUUACACUUGCACUUCCAUUUCCAUUUCCACGUCCCAUGGCGGCGAGAGCCCGCACGCGACAGACGAACAGCCAGAGCAGGGCGACGAAGGCGGUGAAGGUGGCGAGCUGCAAGGCGAGGCCGAGCAGGAGGAUGUUGGUGCCGGUGCGAGGCUGGAGCCGCCGGCCUGGGUGAGGAAGGAGAGGAUGUCCGAGGUGAUGAAGAGGCGGCCGAGCCAGAGGGGGGGGAUCUUGAAGAAGGUCUGGGGCCGAGACGGGUGCGGGCUCGCGCUCGGCGUGGAAUCGUUCGCGUUGGGCGUCGUGGUGGUGGCGGUGCUGGAGGAGGAGGUACAGCGUCGCGCACACGAAGAUGGGCGCGAUGACGAUCUGGCUGCUGCUGGAGGCGUAGAGGCCGAUGUCGCGGUUCUGCUGGAUGGAGGAGAUGCGCAGCGCGUACCCGGUGGUGGAGAGCCCGGCGGCGAGGGCGGUGGGGAUGGUGUAGUUGUGUCUGCAUCCGCAGGCUCGGCUGGUGCUUGGGUUGGGUCUGUGGCGGCGAGGGUAGAUAAUGUGCAUGUAGGUGUGGUGGAUGGCUAA